AUGCUCUUAUCUUCAGUUAACAGUACUAGUUACCUCGAUGUUCAAAGGAAUGACAUGGGGCAAUCUGCGAAUCUGCUGUGCAGAGAAGUUAAUUCCGGGAACUAUGAUACGGUAUCAGAUAUGAGAUUUACUAAUGGGACAGCUCCUUCUAUGAAUUCUUACACAACAACGUCUUCGCCUAGAACUCAUGAUAUGAAAUUGGGCAUCCAGUCUGACUUGGAUAUGGACGUCCCAGAUAAUAAUUUUGGUAGAUUGAUCUUGCAAUUGAGAGAAUUAUUGGGCAGCAGCAAAGGUCUUUCUUCAAAAGACAUCGAUAUCGAGCAGGCUAAAAGGAUCAUGGAGAGCUAUGAAUCAGAUGAAAGCGAGUGGGGGAAAUAUGCGUUGCACGAUGCUUCGAGAAAUUAUUCAAGAAAUGGAAUAGUAAAUAUCAAUGGCAAUGCAAACUUGCUUAUUUUAGUGUGGUCUCCUCAAAAAGCAAGUGCUAUCCACGAUCAUGCAAAUGCACAUUGUUGUAUGAAAAUUCUCAAAGGUAAACUAGUUGAAUCUUUAUAUCAAAUACCAGACCAUGAAGGUUCUGCAUUGACACCGAAGAAAAAGACCACAUUAGAUAGCGGCGACGUUGGUUAUAUUUCAGACCAAAUAGGGCUACACAGCAUAUCGAAUCCCCUUAAAGACCAAUAUUCAGUAUCUUUACAUUUGUAUACGCCGCCGUAUGCUUCCAUGUAUGGCUGUUCUAUGUAUGAUGCUAGUACUGGUAAAAAGCAUCAUGUUGACAUGAGCAAGUACUACAGUUGGCAGGGCCAGGUUGUAAAUUCAAGCAGUAGUUCUACAUGUUAG